AUGAAAGUUCCUCCAAAUAUUCAUGAGGACAGUUAUCAAGAGCUCGUCAGUGCUCAAAAGGAGUACCGCAAUCAAGAAGAAUGUCCACGUCUCGAAGGAAAUGAAGAAAUUGGUCAACUUGCUAACCGUUUUUUGAAUCUCGGAGGCACAUCUCAUUUCUUGCGUUUAAACGCACUUAUUUUUGAUGACACCAUCAAAAAUAUUAUCGCAUGCGGUUACGGAAGUCAUCUUCUUGAAGAAUUGGCCAAAUUUGAGCCAAAUAUGUAUACUCACGAGUACGCAGUGGCUAUGUUCGUGAUGUUGUGCAACUGGGAUUUGACACCUACCGUGAUUAUCAACCAACAGCACCAAAACUAUUUGGAUGCGUUAAGAACUGCAACGAUCGCGCUUUUCAAACAUCUAUUCCGCAUGCCAUAUGAACUUUCACAGUUUCUGGUUCUGACUCGAACCACCGAGUGGACCACCCAGUACAGAUUGACCAUCAUCAUGUGGUAUAUGGAGAAAACCGAAGAUGAGUUGGUUCUUUACACACGCUACUGGCCAAUAGUAGGAAACUUCACUCAUUUGAAACUUUGGAAACUUUGCAAAGACGAGUUUGUGGAUCUAAGCCACUAUUUGAGAAUUCUGGACUUACUGGAGAGGACUGAGAUAUACGGACUUCGAGCGCUUCCGCAAAUCAAGCCUGUUGUCGAUAUUAUGGGCGCACGUCUUACUGUUUUCCAUCUCGGAAAAUACCGCAUCGUCCGUGAACUGAAACGGUAUGACAGGGAAGUCAUUGAAGCACUGCUGAAUGAUGAACAUUGGGUUGAACAGGCGUCGGCGCUAAACAUUCUCAUCACACGCAAACACUAUGAGUCAAACAUCAAUAUCAGACAGGAUAUCAGGAUGUGCGGCCUUUUCAGUGAUGCCUACCGCAGAAUGUGCAAAUCGGACACGGAUAUCUCACACAGAGUGUGCGUUAUCACUGGUGUUUUUAGUGCUGAGUCGAAGAAAAAAGAGUCCCUCAUGCUGGAAAGUACGGACAUCACUGCUGCCUUGAUGGAGGACUUGAUGAGAAACAAAAAUGCAAAAAUGUAUACCAGCCACCGCCCUAUGAAUUUGGUCGGAUUCUACAGCAAAUAUGAGUUGGAGAUGGGUCCGCUGUAUGCUUGGCAGCAUUGCAAGUAUAACCCAAGGUUGAUCUUUGAGUGUGCAACAAGAAAUCACAUCAUUUUCGAUUUCUUUGUUCUGGUAUGCAUUACAUCUCAAAGUAUUCCUGUGGCGGGUGUAAUUCUGAUGUUUGACAACUACAAACGCCUGGUUAAUUCAAAUGCAAAGUUCAUCAUCAUUGGAUCGGACAGCCUCGCAGAGUAUGAACAACUUGGAGAUCGACAAGAUGUUAUCUUGUUCUCUGGAGUGAAAAGCACCACUUACCAUCUUGUCAAGCUCUAUAUGAACUUGUAG